AUGGCACAACAUGAUGAUACUAGAUCUCUUAGCCUGGACACCCCCAGAAAUUUUGAACCCUUCACUUUGAGUUCUUUGGACCACAUCGUCCCUCCCAUCCAUCUAUUCACAUACAUUAGUUUCAAGCUCGACUCGCCCUCAGAUGGCGUCCCCGUUCUCCGAAAUGGCAUCUCGCGUCUAUUGCACGCCCUUCCCUUCCUGAGCGGGAACAUAGUGACGAUAGAAGAGCUUGACGGCAAGCAGAACUUGAUGCAAGUCACACCGGCAGAUGCAUCAGCAUGGCACCAGUCACCCAUUCUUAAGGUCAUUAAUCAUGCCGCUAAAACCUCCGCCGCGGAGAGCGAUUAUGUGCAACAUGCUGAUUUCGUCCCAAUUCCUCUCCACCUGCACACCACCGAUCCAAGCCCUGUAAUGCGAUUCCAGGCCAAUGUGAUGACAGAUGGUCUAGUAUUAUGCGCGACUUUUGACCAUCGGAUGAUGGAUGGACUGGGGGGCAUCGCUAUUCUAGACUCUCUGGCUGCGUGCUGUCGAGGUGACUCGGCACUUACAGGUAUGGCUGCGCAGCUUCAGAAAAAGCAGCAGCUUGCAUCAAUAAGGAGCCCGAAGCCAUACAACAUUUAUGAUAAAUUUCAAGCUGGACCAAGGAUUCCAGUAAGUCCAGUUAGUCGGAGAUUCACCCUGUCUCCAGAAAAGAUCAGCUCGCUCAAGGUAAAGUGCAACUCUAUGUUCUCCACGGCUACUGGUCAAAUAUUGAAACCGAAUUUGACGAACGUGGAUAUUAUCACUGCACUUAUUUGGAUCUCCGUCACCAGAGCAAAGCAAGCGUCGUCACCAAAUACACCCAAAGAUACCCUUUCCACAUUGUCUUGUCUCGUGGAACUUCGCUCUAUCCUUCGCCCCAAGCAAGGCACCUAUAUAGGAAACGCAAUGAUGACCGCCCAAUGUGUGCUGCCUACCCACUCCAUUUCAUGCAAAACCACAGACCCCAUUGCAGACAUCCCAUUCAUCCAGGAAGUUGCCUUACAAAUCAGAAACGAGAUCCGAAGUAUCACGACCGAGCAAGCCACUCGCUACAUCUCCCACAUCAACACCUUGGACGAUUGGAGCUCGUUUCAGGCUCAAUGGGCCGAGCUAUUCGUGAGCAGUAUCCGCCAUUUCGAUGUGUAUGGAUUGAAUUUUGGUUCUGUUUUGGGCGCAGUUGCGAAUUUUGAUCUGCCUGAUCCGAGAAUUAGUGGGAUGUGUUGGGUUAUGCCUGCAAGGCCGGUUUCUGCUGGAGCUAGGAAAAUGCCAUUGUGGGAAUUGAGAGUUGUGUUGGAAGAACCAGUUAUGGAGUGCUUAAAGAGAGAGCCGCUUUUUUGUUGGGCGUCUGAUAUUAGUCGGACGAUUGGUGAUUCGAAACUUUGA